AGCGAGAUGCUCUGCCUCUCUGCUAUAAAAGACUCUCCUGCGGACCUUCCCCUCACACCUCCUGGUGAGAAGGCGAUUCCACUGGUGACUUAUUGAGUUACACGCCGCCGUGUCUGUGUGUAGAAUGAACCUCCAAAUGUUCCCGCUGCUCGUGCUGGCCCUGGCCUGGGUGGAGCGGAGCCUGGCCUCCUGCGUGGUGGACAGCUUCACAGUCAAGGAGGACUUCGACCCUCAGAGGUACACGGGAAAGUGGUACGCUCUUCAGAAGAAGGACCCAGAAGGCCUGUUCCUGCAGGACAACAUCUCCGCUGAAUACACUGUUGGAGAUGACGGCUCCAUGGUGGCCUCCUCCAGGGGUCGGGUCACUCUGUUCGGGUUCUGGGUGGUGUGCGCCGACAUGGCUGCUCAGUACACCGUGCCAAACCCGGACAGCCCCGGCAAGAUGUUCAUGAACUACCAGGGACUGGCCAGCUACCUGUCCAGCGGAGGGGACAACUACUGGGUCAUCGACACCGACUACGACAACUACGCUAUCACCUACGCCUGCCGCAGCCUGAAGGAGGACGGCAGCUGCGACGACGGCUACGCCCUGGUCUUCUCCCGCAACCCCCGUGGCCUUCCCCCUCCCAUCCAGAAGAUCGUGCGCCAGAAGCAGGAGGAGAUCUGCAUGGCCGGACAGUUCCAGCCCGUGCAGCAGAACGGUGCUUGCUAAUCCACCACCACCAUCAUCAUCAUCUUCAUCAUCAUCAUCAUCGCCAUCAAGACACAGACAACAAAACUUGUCACAUGACACGUGUCAGUAUCAAUUGUACUUCCGCUGAAGUUCAACACCACACGUGUCGAGGAAAUAAAUUUUGUUAAGAAAACAGUGUUUUAUUCAUCUCCAUCUGAGGAUAAAAAAAGCACGACUUAAAAGCAGUAACUAAACAGAAAGUCAGCAAAUAUUUUCACAGAAGACAGAAGCUGACACCAGCCUCAGUCACACAUGUAUAAAACUGAAAAAAUGGAAUUGAAAAAAUGUACAAAGUAGAGAGCCACUGCUCAGGAUCACAU